UAUAAUCAUAAACAUUGAAAUAUAAACAUCCAUGGAAUAACAUAAAUAUCGAAAUACUCAAGCAACCACAGACAGUCAUAAUAGGAAAUAAGAGAAUGGAAUAUUAAUAUCAUAAUGAGUUCACAUUCCUACACAAUCAAUUCGAACUGACUACACAUAAAAGAUAAGGAGAGUACCACCAUCGAUCAUGACAACAUAUCAUUGGCUACACUCCUUUGUGGAAGCUAAGUUCUCGAACACAGUGUAAACAGAAGAAUAUACUGAAUUUUCGUAAUGUCUCUACAACUAAGGCUUUUAAGACAUACAUACCAACAUACUUUUUUUUAUUUUCUUUUCUCAUGACAAUUUUUUUCUUUUGUAGGAAGCUUUUCUAAAGCAUUAUAUGUAACACCUUAAGCGAACCCCACAUCGAUAAAGUAUGGGAGAGAUCCAUGGUUCAUAAGUAAGAAACUGACUGAUAAGCCAAUAUCUGCACAUGUUUUCCCACCAUUCUUGCACAGAUUGAGGAUUGAUUCUCAUGUUUUAAACAGAGUUCACGCUAAGUUGUGCUUUUAUGUCAUAUGUCAGGACCUGGAGCGGAAAUGGAGUCUUGGGAGCGAGUUUUGGGUCAAAAGUGGAGAGUGGGCGAAAAGUGGAGCUGGAAGACAGAAUACCCGACCAGACUAUUCAAAUACCCGAUCGGGUAUAAUCAAAGAAGAUAGGGUAAAUCAUCCAGGAGGCCCCCCGGUCGUGGACCUCAAAUAUCCGAUCGGGUAUUUCACCCCCGAGAUCGAGUAUUUCCCCUGUGUUGUGCGUAGUUUUAGUUAAAACCACGAUCUGUCCUCCUAAUUCCCGACCGGGAAUGCCCAACUCGGGCUAUUUAAAGUCAAACACGGGAAGUUGAAGGCUCUUCGAUUCUGGGAGCUGAAAACAUAGGUUUAAAGAGAGAAAGUGAUGAAGAGAGGACCUAGAGGGCCCUAGAUCAAGUCUCCCCACCAUUGGAGCUCGAUUCAAGCCUUGAGGAGUGACGAUUGAGGACCCGGAGCAGAUUUCUUCCAUCUACACGAUGAUUUCUACAUUCGGCAUAGCUUUUCACUCUCUCUCUCUCUCUCUCUCUCUCUCUCUCUAAGGAGUAAUCCCCUUUAUCACUUGGGUAUGUAAGAACCAUAGAUUGUAUGUUAGGAAGAGUUGUAUGAACCCUUUAUCAUGAAUGAUUGAUUGAUUUAUAUCUAAUUGAUGAUUCAUAAUUGCUUUAGUCUUGAUCAAAUUCUAGUGAUUCCUACUUUGACCUAGAAUGAUAAUCUUUGCAUAGGUCAAUAAAGCAUCUUGAAUUGGAGGUAGUGAAUCGGCGACUUUAGUCGAGAAGUCGAUUCUCUGCUCUGUACCGGUGUAGAACUGAGUAGAGGAAUUUUGAAUCUUAUUGCCUCAGAUAGCUUACGCCGGUGGAGGUUAAUCGCCUGCUGGGUAUUCAAACUGAGAUGGUCUGGAUCACUUUAGUCGAGACUCCAGACUGUUUGAGAACUUUCCGUAGUUUAAACAUCAAUCGACCUGACUCAGGUGAAUUACAACUUAGCUUGACUGCGAUAUAGGGGGACUCAUACCUGAGUGAGGCUUCUUAAUCUGAAUACAACUAUUACUUGCUUUCUGUUUGUUUUUGCUUUGAUAAUCUUCCACUCAAACUGACCAGCUAGAUAAUAGAGAUUCACUGAGUAGACAGUAAAUCUAGGUAUCGGGUUGACAAGUAAAACUGAACCCACUAUACUGCAUUUCCGAACUGCGAUUAUACUUGGUCGUAGUUUGGUGUUGUGUUUUAGCGAGACACCGACCUUAACUUACAAGACACGUUUUUGGGUGAAAUGAAGUUCUUGUGAGAACUCUGAAGUUAAACGUGCUUAGGUGGAGUACAACAAGGAUGGGUGACCUUAUGGGAAGUCACCUUGAAUUGUACCUCAAAUCAAAAACCGUGAGAGUUGAGACCCAAAGCGGACAAUAUCUUCGUCAGGAAAAGGUUCGAGAUGUUACAUUAUACCCUUAUUGGCAUCCUCAAUUCCUUUUUCAUUUUCAAUUCCUCUUUCGUGUUCAUUUAUCUAUUGCAUAUUGGCAUUCUCGCUAGGGCUACAAAUGAGUCGAGUUACUCGCGAGCAGCUCGACGUUUGAUUAUGAAAAAGCUCAUUCGAAACUCGACUCGUUUACUAAUGAGCCAAGCUUGAGCUUAGCCUUUUGCAGCUCGCGAGCUAGCUCGACUCGGUGGCUUUUUGAGAUCAACUACUCGUGAGCUUGCUUGUUUAGAGCUCAUGAGAUGUCUCAACUAUUAACAUUGUGGCUAGAGAGCCAACUCGAUUACCAAGUUAUGAGCGAAUCGUUCUAUAUGAGUUUGAUUUUGAUAAUUAAUAGGAUUGUUAAAUUAUAUAUCUCACCCUAUAUGAAGUUUAACACUUAGAUUAUGUGAGAAAAUAUGUCUUAUUUAAUUUUAAAAAGCAAUUAUGUAUCAUAGACUGCUUCGAUACUGUGAAAUAACAUAAUAUUCACUAGUGAAAAUUUAUUAACUACAUAAUUUGAUACCACAAAGUAUAAUAUGAGAUUAGUUAAUAUUGAACACUUAACUAUUAUUUUUUUUCAUUUUUACAUUAUAAUAAUCACAUCAUUACAUGUAUCAUAUAUGAAAUAUAAAAUGAAUAUAUCAAAUACGAAUCAAAAUUUUAUUAAGCAAACUAACUUGAACUCGACUCAACUCAACUUAUUUGCAGCCCUAAUUCUCGCUAAUAAUUUUCUUGAGCUGACUGGUUUUGCAGAAAAUUGUUCCGAUGUUGUAUGUUUUUCAUAAGUGAUCACUAAAGAUUGAAGUUUUUCCAAGUGAGUUAGAAUCAAAAUUUUAAUAUGAUACAAAAAUUCAAAAUUAAUUAAAAACACAGGUCAAGCUCCACAUGGCCAUUACCAUAUGUAAUUGGCAGGGAUUAAUUAACAUCGUUUAAUUUGUUCUGGUAGCGCGUUUAUGAGUAGCCACUCUAGUGUAAAGCUGAGUAAAAGUAAAGGGUCAACAAAGUAUAUGCAGAAAAGACUGGGAUAUGGUCUUCUUCCACUGCCUGAAUGACACACAAUAAUAUAAUAUUAUUAUUGUUGUUGCAUAGAUUUAUCGUGCACCUGGACAGAGAUAAAUUCUUAUUGAGCAUGUAACAUGAGGCAAUGAUGCACUAAUUUCCAGGUGAUAUGGCAGAUACAUUGCCACGAAGUCAGCAAAAUAUUGAUCACCUUAAGUCUAUCAGCUAGCAAAACGACAGAAGACAUUCUUGACAUGAUGACUCUAAACGUCGGGACAUAACAAAUGCAGAACAAACAUAUGUGCCCAAGUGAUAAAACCUAAACUAGAGGCCUUUUUUUUAGUAUUAGGCAUAAUUUGUUUUUUCCUUCUCUAAUCUUUUUUCUAGUAUUUGACUAAUACCAUCAUUGUUUUCAUAAACAAUCACAACAUAUUUUCAUAUUAUGAAAGAAACGCAAAAUACAUUUGUUGUCUGCACUCUUUCAAUGUUUUCAACUAAAUACUCAUUAGCAAACUGGUCGUCAAUUCGACUUUGAAACUUGUUUUUAAUAUAACUCAAAAGUAAAAAUGCUCUUUCUACACUGGCUAUUGCAACGGGUAGAUUCAAAACUAGCUUUAGAAGCAAAUAAACUAACAGAUAUGAUUAUUGCACUUUGGUCUUGACCUAAGAAGACAGAGAAAGAUCAAUUUUUGGGUAUUUUUCAAUGGAAAUUUUGUAUAUAAUGUGAUAAAAUAAUUCAUAUUAGCUUUUAAAUAUGAAAUAACAUGUAUUGUAGUGGUAGAACAUUUUUAUAUCAUCUAGAUGUGUUGAGUUCAAUUCUUGAUCUAUACAUAUUUGAGAGUUUUUUAUCCAAUAAUUAUCGAUGUUCUGUUACCCCUCCCAAGGUUUAUGGUGUGGUUGAACUCCUAGCCCUUCGGGACUCUCUUUGAUGGUGUUUAUCUAAUUUGUAAAGUAAUGUUAUGUUUUGGGGUGAUGCAUAGGUGAUCCUCUGGAUGGUCAACACGAAUGACUUUUUGCACGGUUUGGAUGUCACUAUUUUUAUGAGGUUCAGAUGCUAUGCUACUCGUUUGUCGUUUUAGUGUGUCUCGUUUCACUUCGUUCCUCAUAGGUAUAACAAGAAUGCUCAUAUCGUGGCAAAGAAAAAGUUGUUUUAUCGCUAGAUCCACUCCUAGUUGACCAACUUCUUUUCUGCUUACCUUUUUGUGAGUUUGUCUGCAAAAUGACCAACCUACUCUAUAUAUUUCGUAUCUUGCUCUUUUCCACUAGAUAUAGAUUUCACAUAGUAAUUUUGAUCGAAAAAUCAAUCUGAUUUCUUUCAUACCAUUUGCCUUAAUCUUGUUUAAGUGAUGGUUUAAUCUAUGCCUUGGAAUAAAUCAUCCAGGUUUGGGUCAAUAAGCAGUGACAAUUUCCCUCUGAAGACUCGCUUUCGCAAUAGCUCCGGUGGAUUUCCCUUAACCAAACUACUGCGUAUGAGUCGCCGGCUCAUUCUUCAAUAGGCAUGCGGUCAUAUUCUGUCUCCUUCCACUGCUUGGGAGUUUACGAUCUCAUGUUCUAUUUCCCUCCCCGACGAGGAUUCUUUCCAUCCUCCCCUCAUGGUACUACUUUGCUAUCGGCCACCCAGGAGUUUAGCCUUAUAAGGGAGUCCUUGCUGAUUUACACGGGAUUCCAAUUUCCCCCAUGCUACUCGGUUCAGAGCGUAAGCUAGUAAUGCUUUCGACUAUUCGAUUUUGCCAUCUAGGGUACGUGCAGUACUCCACCGCUUCGCCUAGCAGCACGAUGCUUGUAUUGUUCUCCCACAACCCCGUUUUCACGGUUAACGCUGCUCCCAUUUCGUUCGCGCUACAAUGGGAGUUGCUUUUGUUUUUCCCUAUAGUUACUAAGAUGUUUCAGAUCGCCAUGUUUUCUCUUACCUGUACAUGGAUUCAGCAGCAGUUUGAAAGGUUGACCUAUUCGAGAAUCUUCGAAUCUACGCUUAUUCUCAACUCCCCGAAGCAUUUCGUCGCUUACUAAGCCCUUCCUCGCCUCUAGGUGCCUAGGGAUCCACCGUAAACCUUUCCUCGUUUGAACCUCGCUCUUAACUUCUUUACUUUAAGGCUAUGUCAUCCUAAGGAGCUGCUAAUUGUUAGGAUCUUAUCAACGCCCAUGAAUGAGAAAUCAUAAUCAACAUGUCUAAUCAGAAAAUUGGGUGCUAUCAAAUAGCUAUGUACCGACUAAGUUCACAAGUUGGAGAUAAGCAGACUAGAACCGCUAACAUCCGUCACAGGGUAAACCACUACCACUCGGGGCCCUCGACUAAUUUUAGCAUAGGGGCUAAUAGUAGACAAUAACUCCCCCCGAACACAACUUACAACUUUCAUCGUACUGUGCUCUCCAAAGAGCACUCUUCUCAAAAGGUGCUUGGUUGGAAUCCCAUUAUAACUAAGGAUUCUUAUGGUUUCGGAGGAUCCAACUAGAGGAAAAUCAAGAAUGGAGAGCUUUCCCCCGCCCCCUUUUUCCGCCCCACUCUUUGGUCUUAAGAAUACUGGUUUAAGAAUGAGUACUUGCCCUUCUUCGACCCUUACUGCCCAACCUGAGAGCGGACAGCUAAUGCGUUACACUUAUUUAUUGAAAAUGAUUCUAUGGUCGAUCCGCGACCCUUGGAUGCCGAAGGCGUCAUUGGGAGUGAUCUCGUAGUUCAUACAGGGUGGAGACGAUGGGAACGGUCCAUUGAUUUUUCUUCCUUUUGCCGCAUUUCGCUAAAGGGUUGACGAGAGAGAGAGUGCAUCAAGCUGUUCGCAAGGGGCAACUUGAUCCUCUUCCCUAGGGAUCCCAGAUGAGGGAACCCUUGGAGAGCCACUGACUCCAACUAUCGUCCAUGUACGAUCCAUACUAGAUCUAACCAACUGCACAUCCUACAUCCUCUACGUUCUUGACAACCCAUCUUUGUCUCAGUACAGUCUUUCAGUGGCAUGUUUCGGCUUUGUCCUCAACGCCCUUUUAAUUUAAGGAAUAAUGUAUGUAUGUAGGUAUAUAUAUAAGUAUGGGUCAGACUGCUAUAUAGUCCUGGGUGUAUACUAUAUUCCAGGUAUGCCUAAUUAGAUAUCUCUAUCUAGAUCAUGAAUUAAACCAAUUUUUUUUAGAUAUAACUAUAUCCUAAAUAAAAAAUAAUAAUUGACAUUUCAAAUUAGUCGAAACUCAUUAAAAUACAUCUAAUAACAAAUCACUUGGAAUAUGCCGCCGCAUGCCUGUGUAUAGUGUAUACCACAUAAUCUGUCUGACCUCAUAAGAUCAAGGCGCAUGCCCUGCCUGUAUUACUACACUCCUCUUUUGAUUAAGAUUAAUCAAAUUAGGUAUAGAUCACUCUUCUUGGUGUUUAAUUUAUUAUACUUAAUGAGACUAGCUAGCUUCCACAGUUAGCAGAAGUUAGCUAGCUAGCUUUAAUUAGCCCGUCUCUUAAUUUAAUUCUGCUUUUUGUUUGGUAUUAAAGUGCUUUUAACUGCAAUCAACUCGAUCUUCAAGCCACCUCACCUCAUCUUCUGAUUUCUAGCUAAGCUAGCAUUCAAAAUGGUUUGGUGCUCAUCUUAAAAGUGAUUAUCCUUUGUGUCCGAUUUGCCUUGAUUUGUUUUGUUUUUUGGGAGAAAACGUAGUGCUGCAUUGCAUGGCUAAUUCGAAUAAUUUUAAGGGGGAUGC